AUUCUCUACCAACACAUAUAUCUGAGGUCAAGUGACGAUAUCAAUAAUGAGUUCGACACACACACUUGCAGCGUGGACGCCCGCCACGGACCGCAGCGAGAUAGACAUCCCAUUAGCCCACCUCCCACGCCGACAAUCCGACAACUACAGUGCACCGGGCCACAGAUUGGGAGAAGAGCCCCAGCCUCAACCGGAUUCCGAUUCAGAGGAAAUUGUCUGGGACCAAAAGGAAGGAUGGCCUGUAGUCCUCGCCGGAUCGGCCAUUUUCUUCGUCUACCUCGGCCUCAUCUACUCCUACGGCAUCGUCCAAUUGCACCUUGAACAACGGCGCCUUGCAAAUGUGCCGACUCUUUCUUUCAUUGGAUCUGUCGGCGCAGCAAUGUCACCACUCACGUGCACGAUUACUGCGCGUAUCAUUAAGAGGUUUGGAUAUAGCAAGACGGCAUUCGUGGGAGGUGUGUUUCUAGGCCUGGGAGAGUUCACUGCGGGAUUCUCGACCAAGUCCGUACCGGCUAUGUUCAUUACUCAGGGAUUUUUAUUCGGCAUUGGUGCUUCUUUGUUGUUCCUGCCCGCUGCUACCGUCCCAUCGCUCUGGUUCAAGAAGAAGCGGGGAUUGGCUACUGGGAUCGUCUAUGGCGGCGCUGGAAUCGGAUCUGCUGUUAUAUCACUGUCUAUGGAGAAGCUCAUCGCUAGUUGUGGACUCGAGACGGCGUUGAAGAUUCUCGGAGCCUGUGCAUGGGCUAUCAUACUUCCAGCCUCGUACUUCUUGAAAGCACCUUCUGGACAGCGCCGUGCCGCAGCCGGAAUGCAAUGGCGUCUUUUCAAAAGCAUCAAAUUCAACGUCAUGCUCCUAAUGGGCGGACUAGCCACCUUCCCCCUCUUCGUGCCCCCAUUCCUCCUCCCCCUCUACGUUUCCUCCAUCGGCCUCUCCAGCCAAGUCGGAGCCGCCGUCCUCGCCUGCUGGAACAUCGCCUCCGCCUUGGGACGAAUCGGCAUGGGCUUCGGGGCCGACUCCCUCAUCGGCCCAGUAAACAGCAUGCUGCUCUCCCUCGUCGUCGUCGGCGUCAGCGCCCUCGCCCUCUGGCCCUUCGCCUCCUCUCUCGGCCUCGUCAUCUUCUUCGCCAUCCUCAACGGCAUCGGCUCCGGCGGCUUCUUCAGCCUCAUGCCCGUUGUCACGGGCGCCGUUUUCGGCGACGAGCGUCUCGCUGCUACCAUGUCUGCGCUGUCGACGUCGUGGUUCUUCGGUUACUUUAUGGGAAGCCCGAUCGCGGGGUACCUUCUUGAUGCCUAUGGUGGCACUGAGGCCGGGCUCAAGGCGUUCAGGCCGGCGAUCUUCUAUGCGGGGAGUCUGACCCUCGCUAGUGCAGGGCUGAUUUUGGUGGUAAGGUUGAUGAUGAAUCCGAGGGUGAUGGCGAAGGUUUAGUGUCUGGGAUGGGAUCUUGGAGUUUAUAUAGAUGCAUUUAGAUCGGUAUUAUGUAGAUAGAGCAUCAAAAGGGAUUAGGGAUUAGCUAUGGCAUUUUCUUAUGAUAUUUGAACAAUUGGUGAAUUUUAUAGAUACGGCUGCGUAGGAUGAUCUGGAG